AGUAGGACAGAGGUAGAGCCAAGGAAUCUGCAUUUUUAAAACUCUCAAGCAAUUCCGAUAAUAAACAGGCCUAGAAAUAGCUGCCAUAGGAUAUUAGCUUUUAUCACUGAAAAGGGAGGCAGUUUGGGUUUUCUCUUUCACUGGAGAUCUUUGAGGCAUGUUGUUUUAAAAAAAAGUCAAGAUGGCAGAAGUGGAGCAGAAAAAGCAACGAAGCAGAAGAAGCAGACCUUCUGCAAGUUCACCUCUUGUGGCAUGCACCCUGACCCACUGCUGGACUUGUCAUGCAAGCAGCGAAUGAAGCUGCACCGUGGCCUGUGGCAGAAGCAGCACUCACUGCUGAAGCGCCUGUGCAAGGGCAAGAAGUGGGCACUCCCUAUGCAGAAGCCAGAGGUGGUGAAUGCGCACCUGCAGGACAUGAUCAUCCUGCCCGAGAUGGGAGACAAGACGGUGGGUAGCAUGGUGGGUGUCUACAAUGGCAAGGCCUUCAACCAAGUGGAGGGCAAGCCCGAGAGGAUUGGCCAUUACCUGAUCACCUACAAGCUCGUGAAGCACGCCCCGCCAGGCAUCAGAGCCACCCACUCUUCCUGCUUCACCACCCUCAAGGAUUCUGCUCAGCCAAUAAAGGCACACACAUUUCUUAAAUAA